AGCUCGCGAGGCCUCGCCGCUCGACAGUGGCGCAAUUGAGUCGAGGAUUGCUACGAAGAGAGAGAGAGAGCAAGAGCGAGAUUGCAGAUGUGGGUUCUCGCAAUUUCUACGAGAAGUCAAGCGUCGAGCCUCUCUCUCGGCAUUGACGAGCAUUGCGGAGCGAGGGGAAGGGAAGGGAAGGGAAGGGCAGGAGUGUAAGUAACCAGGGAUAAUGGAGACCACGGGGGUUUACUUGCGCCCAUCUCCAACUGGCUUCGUGCCGCAACAUCGCAAUUGCCCCAGUUUGCACUCAGUUCCGAAUGUGCCUGGAUUCGGUUUCGGUUUGAGGAAGAAUUUGCAGUUACAUGGGCGGAAGCUGCCACUUGGAUUGAGCCUGAGGCGAGCUGGUUCGUGGGUCGGGCGGAUACAAGCCUCAAGUGUGGGCUCUGGAGAGUUUCAGUCGGAAAUUGAGGCAUUACGGAAGAUGCGAGUGAUAGCCAUCAAGCAGGAGCUGGAUGCACUAGGUGUUUCUUACAGGGACUGCUUCGAGAAGGAGGAUCUUGUCAAACGUCUAGCACGCGAGAGAAGGAGGACAUGGCACAGAUUACCGAUGCGCAAGCUUAAAAGUACAGCAGCGUCUCCCAAAGAGUAUAUCAUCAUCCCUCUUACAUUUGGCAACCUCGGCACCUUUGAUUUCUUGCUUGACACUGGCUGCAGUACCACUCUAGUUAGUCCUCAGGUAGCCCAUAACAAGCUGGGCAUCCUACCCGGGUCAGGAACAAUGUCGCGGGGCCUUGGUGGUAUGGGAGAUGGAGGUCUUGCUAUGCGUAAAAUAUCCCUCCCUGCAAUGAAUAUCGGCGGAAAACUUUGCAAAUCAGUUGAGGGUAUUAUUAUGGAUUUAGCCAGCACGGGACUCCCUCCAUCAGUAGCAGGCAUUGUUGGUCUUAAUGUACUUUCUCAGUUUGAUGUGGAGUUUGACUUCGUGAAGGAGCACAUCACUUUGUAUGAAGCGGGUGCUGUCGAACGAGGACAAUGCAGUCAAGAGGGAUUGCAGAAGCUUGCAAUGAUUCCCAUCUCUUUCAAUUUACAGAAGCUUGCAGAGGAGCCUCUGCCCAUGGCUUUCACGUUACCAGGAGUUCAAGUUGACUUGGGUGGAGGCAAUAUGCAAACGGCUCUCAUCGACCUGGGAUCCUCGCUGAGUGUCACCACACCGGAUAUAGCUAAGCGUUCAGGUGCAACUUUGGAAAUGGCAGCAUUUUCAGGGGUUGGAGUUGGCGGUCAACAAAUGCCAUUUUCAAGGGCUGACAUGGACGUUACAAUGUUUAAUAUGGCGAAAGAUAAAAUUGUAUUCAAGAAGAUUCCCUUCGCGGUUGGUGAUCUUCCUGCACUGCGAGCAAUAGAAUGCAACAUUAUUCUUGGGCUUAAUGUCUUCAGUAGAACUCGUCUCGUCCUUUGUAUGUCUACGAAAGAUCUAUACUUACAAACUUUUGUAUGAUUUUGUGUAUGAUCAAAAUUCCAAUCCCUGGUUUGGUUGUUAAUGUCAACCUUGACCAAUCAUGUAACUAAUCUACAAGAGUUGUCUCGUUUUAAUUUUGUGGAGGUCUCUCACUUGUCAGCUCUUGUAGAAGUUGACCUCUCUUUAUUCUGUUAUGGCGUUACACACGAUGAAGAAAUUGUAAGCAUUUUAGAAAUUAUGUUUAGCAUAAAUGGUAGCAAUUUGUGUACACCCCUUCAUUGCUCUUGCUGAUGGUGCAUCAGGAGCACAUAGGUUACUUGCUAAAUCAAAAUACCCCAAUGUCACUUGUUACUUCACCCUU